GGAGGUAGUGGGCGUGCUUGCGGCGAUCUAACCACGCCCCUCAGAACUCUGUGUUUUGGCGCGAGUUAGUUUCGCGGGAAAUCAGACUCGCGGUGUGUUGAGACGUAUCGCUUUGAGCUCGGGACGCGAAUUAGACAUGGACCCAUUUAAGCUGCAGACCCAGAUGGCAACUAGACGUGUUUCUGUCCGUUGCGUUCGGAUAGACGCUUCUAAAGGAACCGUCGUUUUGAAAAAAGAAGAUGGCAAGAAGGGUUUCCAAAGCUUAAGGAAUGUUAAAAUAAUUCCCAUGGAGACCACCUCAUCCUCUGACGACAGUUGCGACAGUUUUGGCUCUGACAAUUUUGCCAACACAUCAAAGAGGUUCAAAAAAGGUAUGCGUACAGAGCUGGCUAAAAUAUUUUCCGAGAAUUCAGAUACUGAAUCAUUCUGUGGGUUUCCGAAGAGUGCUGUUGAGGAAGGCAUGAAAAUCCAAUCAGACUCUGAAGAAAGUGGAUCAGGAAAAAGCAAAAAGCAUGGGCGUCCAAAAAGGAACUUGCCACUACGUGUGGCUCUGAAGUUUCCCCCAAAACCAAGCUCCAAGGAAAAUCCAAAAAAACAAGUAAAGGGCAAGAAACCUGUCAAUUCAAAUGGCUCCGAUGAUGAGAGCGGUCCUAAUUUCCUGGAGAAACGAGCAUUAAACAUUAAAGAGAACAAAGCAAUGCUUGCAAAACUAAUGGCUGAACUGAACAACAUCCCUGGACUUUUUCCAAGCAAAACUCCAUUUUCUCCUUCUACACCAAAAAUGAGAAAAAAUGCUCCCAGGGGUCCAAAGGUUGCAACCUCCCCUAGAAGGAAUCCAGAAAGAAGCAGCCGGCCUCAUACCAGGUCUCGAUCACUAAUCAAUGGCCCUCCCACCCAGUCUCUGGAUGGUGAAGAGGAGGAAGAUGCCUAUUAUUUAGUCCGGAAACGAAAGAUGGACAACGCAGACACCGAGGAUGAAGAAUAUGUGCCUAGGAGGAGAUUCUCAGGUGUGCAUACACUACCCCAUGUCGUACGACCAGUGGAAGAGAUCACACAGGCAGAGUUGAAUGCCAUAUGUGUAAAUGCUCGAGAAAAAAAGUACAACAGUGCAACUGGGUCAACAUGUCAUCAAUGCCGUCAAAAGACGACUGACACAAAAACAAACUGCCGCAAUCCUGAGUGCAUGGGCAUAAGAGGCCAGUUCUGUGGUCCAUGCUUAAGGAACCGUUAUGGGGAAGAAGUGAAAACUGCAUUACUAGAUCCGGACUGGCAUUGCCCUCCAUGCCGAGGAAUUUGUAAUUGUAGUUUCUGCAGACAACGAGAUGGUCGAUGUGCCACUGGUGUGCUGGUUUAUUUGGCAAAGUACCACGGUUAUGAUAAUGUCCAUGCAUACCUUAAAAGCUUAAAACGGGAACUUGAAAUGGAAGACUGACCAUUGGGACUGGAUUUGAACCCAAUGGAUGGAUCUUGCGUAGUCAACGUGACUGUAAAUCUUUUGUUGGGAAUAGAUGCAACAAAAUGAGCAGGCUAGUGUCAAAUGUACCUCUUUUUCAUAAAGGGAUUACGACUGCUUAGCUUUACAAAAGUCCCCUUUUUAUGGUUGGAGGAUAAUGAAUCUGCAAAUGUCAAUCAACAAAUCUGUAUGUUAUGAUUUCUUGUUAGUUUGGACAUUUUAUGGUCAUUAGGCCACUAGUAGUAAUGGUGUAUUUACCCAGCAGGUAAAUUUGUCCAUUUUAUAGUAAGCUUCCAUAUACAGCAUUACUGUAAGGCUUGAGAUCUUUAAAUUUGCAUACUGGUAUUAUUACCUUUUUAUUUUCUCACGCCUAACUAGGCUAGUACAGACAAUCCUGUGGAAGUAAUACUGGCCUGAUAAUGUCAACAAAAUGGCAUAUGAACGAACCAUGAUAAAAAAAGGGGGGUUAAGUCUACUUUCACUUUGGUCUGUUUUGCUUCCAGUAGUAAGUGCUUCAGGAGCAGCAUUUUUAUAGAAGGUAUAGGUGUGACUAAUAAACAUGGCAAUAUAUUGCCAUGACACCAGCUCACAUUUUCAGCGAACCUCAUAUUCAAGGUUCAUAUUACUUUAAGUAGUUGCAGUUUUAAACAUUUUAAAUGUUAUUUCGAAGUGGAAAGCUGUAUGAUUGCGUAGUUUCCAUCGAUUUUGAUCCUUCAUUAAAAAAAGUCUAGAAAUUAAUUUGUUUUGAUAUGGGCUAUAGCUGUAGUGAAGAAUGCACCUUAUGUAAAAUGGCAUGGAGAGGAAAAAAUGGUUGCUAGAGUUUAUAUUAUGUAAGCUGACUCAAACCAGGGACUGCUGAACAGAAAUUAAUGGCCUUUGAACGUUCAGGUUGUGCACUUAAUACAACUUUAUUGUAACUUUCUAACGUUACGUUAUCUUUCCAUGUUUAAUACUGCAGGACAUAAUGCUGUUGCUAAAGUUUUAUUUGCCUGUACAUGUAUGGGACCUGUUAUCCCGAAUGCUCAGGGCCUGGGUUUUCCGUAAACAUUAGAUAAACCUAAUAGUCUGAUUCUGCUUCCAAUAAGGAUUGAUUAUAUUUGUUUGGAUCAAGUACAAGGUACUUUUUUAUUACUACAGAGAAAAAGGAAAUAAUUUUUUAAAAUUUGGAAGACUGCCUUUCCACAAUUCGGAGGUUUCUGGAUAGUGGGUUUCCGGAUAAUGGAUCACAUACCUGUACAAAACGCUGAUUGCAUGUGCACACAUGGUUUUGUGAAAAUUGCUCUGGGUGUAUUGUAAAUUACUGUUUUUAGUAAAAAUGUAACUACUAAAAGGCCUUUCAGUUGGCUGUAGCUAUCUCUGUAAUUUGUUGUCAUAUUAUGCAUACAGCUUUGAAAGCUGCUCAUGUAAAAAAUUAUAUUUUGAUAAAAAUGUUAUGUUCUCAA